AUGUCACCGUUACGAAGGCGAUCGUUGGUUGUCAAGUUUCUUCUCUUAGUCCCCCUAGUAUGGCUUGGUGCUUUGAUCUACUUCAAUGUCACCGACAAGGUUGGUUUGUCUUUUUUUAUAUUGUAAUACUAUGUUUUUAAGCUAUUUUUUGUUACAAAGUAGAUUUUUAAGUGUUAAUAAGCCAUUAACAUUUAAAAAUCUACAGUUGUUUUAUGGUAUUGUCUUAAAAAUUUUUUUUACUAACAAAAAUAUGUUUUCAGCCGUCAGAGUUACAAGCAAUGCCACAUGAAGCACAAAAGGUCAAAGAACUUCAAGGUUUUGGACCUCCCAUGGAGAUACCUAAGCCUAAAGAGGAAUCUGUGGAGAAAGACAAUUCUGAAGAUAAAGCUGUAAGUGUCGUAAUGUAGUUAUCUUUAAUUUAUUUUUCUUUAAUAAUUCUCUACUUUUCGCUUUUUUUUGAAUUUUGGGAAAUUCAGGUGUUUUUAAGCCUAAUCUUUGUGUUUAAGCCUGUCCUACAGAAGCCUAACAAGAAGUUGUUCGACCAGAACUCGCCCAUCUACAAGAAGGGCGACCCAACUCAAGCUGGAGAACUGGGGAAAGCGGUGAAAGUAAACAAGAAUGUAAGCUUUUAAUUAAAUUUACCCAUAUUUCACGCUUUUUAUGGCCGUUUUAAAGCGACCAGAUGUUUCACUACUCAUGUUGUUUUAAGUUUAGAAUGUUUUUUAACUGGAAAUUGGUUGUUUAAAAUAAUAUUGAGAGCAGAUCUUAUCAUGGAAAUCGCUACGUAAACGUAUUGCUUACACAAAUAAGACCGUGACACAUGUUUUUUCAAGUCACUGUACAAAGUGUAUUUGCAAUCACAAGGCCAUUUUACAAAAACAAUUCUGAAUGACACAGUGUAGUUGUUAUUGAUGAUUUAGUCAUAGUAUCACAAUAUUUACAUUCAAUGAUAAUUAAACAAUGAACACAAUUUUAAUUAAAAUGAUUUAGGAUCUGACUGUAGACGAAAGGAAAGUUUACGAUGAAGGCUACAAGAACAAUGCCUUCAAUCAAUACGCAUCUGACAUGAUUUCCCUCCACCGAUCUCUUCCACCAACUGCUGAUCAAGAAUGCACGACGGAGGUCUACUCUUCAGACCUUCCAGAUACCUCCGUCAUCGUAUGUUUCCACAACGAAGCGUGGUCGGUCCUGUUGAGAACUGUCCACAGCAUCCUUGAAAGAACGCCUGACAGGUACCUGAAUGAAAUCAUCCUGGUCGAUGACUUCUCAGACAUGGAACACACCAAGAAGCCCUUGGAUGAGUACAUUGCUCAGUUCCCCAAGGUGAAGGUCCUCAGGUUGGACAAAAGAGAAGGUCUGAUCAGAGCCAGACUUCGAGGUGCCGCUGUAGCUAAAGGAAAGGUGUUAACUUACCUGGAUUCUCACUGUGAAUGUAUGGAAGGAUGGUUGGAACCGUUGUUAGAUAGAAUUCAUAAGAACGCAUCGACUGUCGUAUGUCCAGUAAUCGAUGUCAUCGAUGACGACACUUUCGAGUACCAUUAUUCAAAGGCCUUCUUCACUAACGUUGGGGGAUUUGACUGGUCGCUACAGUUCAACUGGCAUCCCAUUCCAGAGAGAGAUCGACGAGAUCGGAAGCGAGCCAUUGAUCCAGUCAGGUAAUUUAUCUCAAUUCCUCUUUGAACCUACUUUUAUUGUCAUUUUUACUAAAACAUUUGCUUUAGAUCCCCUACAAUGGCUGGUGGACUGUUUGCCAUAGACCGUUCAUACUUUGAGAAACUCGGAACUUAUGAUCCCGGCUUCGACAUUUGGGGAGGCGAGAAUCUGGAGUUGUCCUUUAAGGUAACUUUUAUAACUUUAUGAACAGUAGAAGUUAUUUUAUUUAAAAACUAACUGUAUUCACUUCCAAACUGAUGACCAAACUACAACAAAUGUAUUUGCAGAUCUGGAUGUGCGGAGGCCGACUUGAGAUCGUACCGUGCAGUCACGUCGGUCACAUCUUCCGAAAACGGUCUCCAUACAAAUGGAGAACGGGCGUCAACGUUCUGAAAAGGAACUCGAUACGUCUGGCGGAGGUGUGGUUGGACGACUACAAAAAGUACUACUACGAGAGAAUAAACAAUAACUUGGUGAGUGGGUUUGUGGCUGAUUGUAUUGUUUAGGGUGACUUCGGCGACAUCAGCCAGAGACAGGCGUUGAGGGAGCGACUAGAGUGCAAGUCCUUCAAAUGGUACCUCGACAACAUUUUCCCGGAACUUUUCGUCCCAGGGGAUGCCGUGGGCCGGGGAGAGGUAAGUCGUUGUUUGGUUUGGGGUGAUAUUGAUAUCUUCUUAGUCUAUCGUUUGCUUCCAUUUCCAACCGCUUUUGUUGCCGUACUAGUCGUGCUUUUGAUCAGUUGGUGCACCUGUGUUGUUUGUUUCUGUUUGUUUUGUGUUCGACUAGCUGCAAAGGCUGUAAGUCCUGGUUCGGUCCCUGAGGUCAUGAACGAUUCAUUUCAGCAAUUAGGAGCUUACUCUAUGCAUUUCCAUAAAUUAAUUCAAAACAAACACCUUUUGUUGAAUUUUACGUUAGGGAUGUUAACUAGCAGUGUUUUGGCUAUCUAUUUUGGUUAAACUGGCUAAAUCAUAUACCAAAAACUGAUUAUGUAGAUUUCUUUCGGUUAAAAAGUCAGGAAAAUGAUCUUUAUAUGCCACAGUAUUUGAUUACAAUAAUUAAAAGUGUACGUUUUUCCAAAAAACAAGAACUUUGAAAAAUAGUACUUAUUGAGUAUAACCAUACAGUUUUAGUUUACUACACAUUCAAGGUAAAGCAAUAUUAAGUUUUGUUUCCAAAAAGUAAAAAUUCCGACCAAAACACUGCUACCACCGGUUAACAACGGGGCUGAAGCUACAAACAGGGAUAAUAUUGUGAUUGUUUAGGUGAGAAAUGGGGCUGACCUGAAACCGAGCCGGUGCUUAGAUAGAGCCGUAGCACGUCGUAUCAAGAAUAAACCGGUCUCUUUGUUCAAUUGUCACAAACAAGGAGGCAAUCAGGCGAGUUUUAUGUCUUUCUUGACUUUCAGAUCCGGAACGGCAAGGGAGGCCGGAACGCCAAGUGUGUGGACAGUCCAGCCGACGAGGAACAUUCUGGAAAGGCCGUCACUCCCUACUCGUGCCAUAAUCAAGGGGGCAACCAGGUACCCUCAGGACACAACUCUAACUCCGCGAAUGCACUUUUUCGUAUUUUAUUAACAUUUUCGAUGGCUCGGCUGGGUUACUGUAACAUUUUGAGUUUCGUUUUGAGUAGAUAACGUGGCUGCAGUAGAUGUACACCUUUUACCAUACGUUUUGUACUACUUUACUCCGUGAUCUAAGUAUUCCUUCUAAAAGUCCAGAAAUGUCAUCAUUAUGACAUUCUCUACCUCAUGUCUUUGUCCAAACUACUUUUAAAAGGGCGGGUUACAGUAAAACUACAGUAGCUAAUCACGAAUAUUAAUGUAGGUACGGAACAAGGGAGGCGGAUCCAAACAAUGUUUAGAUUGGGCAGCUCACGGUAAUAAAAAGAAAAACGUUGGCUUGUAUUGGUGCCAUAGCCAGGGCGGAAAUCAGGUAAAAUACGACAAAAAGUGCAUUCGAAGGGAGUUUUUCGCGUUUUCUGACUAAUAUUUGUUGUUGUAGUACUGGUUAUAUAGCAAGGAUGGUGAGAUAAGACGAGACGAAAGUUGUAUUGACUAUGCUGGUAAGGAUGUGAUCAUCUUCCCCUGCCACGGCAUGAAAGGGAACCAGGAAUGGAAGUACAACCAUAAAGUAUGUUAUUACUGUCGUAUAAGGAAUUGUUAAUGACUAUGCCUAUUUAACGUCAUACUCUGCUUCAGUUGCAUCAACUUCUGCACGUCGUGAGUGGAAAGUGCAUGGAGAUGUCGAAGGACGGUGCCCAACUUCUGAUGCAGGCCUGUGACACCGACAACCAGUACCAGCACUGGACCUUCCAGGAGUACGACGAGGAUCGUGCCCGCCAAAACGGUCUCAUCUGA